AUGCCAGAUUACCUCAGAGAUAGUGCCUUCCGUGACAUCUCUGAAGAUGGACCUGAGGUUGGGUUUAACAAAAUAUUCUUUUACGACGCAUUUGACAGAGGUGAAUUUAUUGGACAUGAAAACGAGUGGGUGACGGUAUACGAACAGAAGGUAUUAGAAUACGGGCAAAGGUAUGAUGAUGAUAAAUUGACCUCCGUUCUCGACGCUAUGCCAAGUGCUGUUCAAAUCCCUGUUGAUCAGACACGUUUGCCACGUGGUCCACCGAUAAAGAUGGUGUACAGUGCCCCACAUACAAUAUUACCGUAUUAUGUUAAAGAACGCUUGGAAGAAAGGGAUGGAGUACGUUUGAAGCAUAUGCCACAACUACAAAUGGAGCAAAUGGGUACAGGCAAAAUUGGAGUGUGGGAUAAUCGUCCCGGCGAUAAGGUGCAAUAUGCCCUUGUCGGUAAUGAUGUUUCGGAUCAAAUGGCUUACAUACAUGAACCGGGUAAACCUUAA